AGAACCUGAUAAAAUAAAAGAAAAUAAAUUUUCAGAUUUGGAGUUAUAUCAAAUAAUGUUGUUUGGUGUAAUGUCUUCUAUAGCAGAUAAAUUUCCUGAUUUAUCAAAACAUAAAAUUCCAAAAAUACCUGUUGAUGAAGAAUUUGAAGAUGCUCGAGAUGUUCCAGAUAUUGAAAAAAUGGAAGUUGAAUUUCCAGAAUUAAAUGUUGUUGAAGAGAUGUAUGAAGAUGAAAUGAAUAUUAAUAACCUUGAAGAUGGAAAUAAUUGGGAUCAAGUGAUACAAUAUUUUGAUUGGAGUAUAUUACCAAAUAAUUAUCAACAGAUGACACAAUUAUAUCAUAUGACAUUGUAUUAUAAAAAAAUAUUAGAAAGAAUGUUUCAACAAAUAUAUGCUGGUUUUGCUGCGACUAAAAUAGUUGAUGAUGCAAAAAAAUUAUAUGAUAGAUGGAAUAUUUACAUUUCAGCUAAUAUAAAUGAUGAUAAUUAUUUUCAGUAUAAAAGUAAAACAGAAGAAUAUUUAGCAAUGAUAUUUGCAGAAUGUAUUAAAAUUAAUGUAGUGUCGGGAACAGAUUUACUACCUGGUAUUCUAAAUGCGAUUGCUAGAGCUCGAAUAUGUGGAAAUAUUGCUGAUUACAAUGUUUGUAGAAUAUCUAGACCAUCCGGUUCUUUAAUUGAUAAAGUCGAUUUUGAUGAUGGAUUUAUUGCUCUUGAUAAAAGAUUCUAUAUAUAUCAUUUAUUACAACAAGAAAAAACAUUUAAAUCUUUAAAUCUAUUAGAUUUUUCUUUAUAUUUAAAACUUGUUUCUUAUCAUCCACCUACUUUAGAAUCAACUUAUCGACUUUCAAAUGAAACAAAUCUAACAAAAUUAAUGUCACCCUUUAAGAUUGAUCUUUAUCUUGUUAGAGUAUGUGAUCUUGAAACAGCAAAAAAAAAUAAUUUAACAAAAGAAGAUGUUUUGAAACAACCUAGAGAUAUAAAAAAUCAUCAGUUGAAAGAUAAUUAUAAUAUAUUAUUACAAUAUAGUGUACAAAUUAAUUGUUUAACAGAAUGUGUUUUUAACGAACAUGAAAUAGUAAUGUGUAGAAAAUUUUUAAAAGAAGAACAGAAAACAUGUGAAAUAUCUAAUAAUACAGGACAUUUUAGAGAUACUAAUAUGGAUAUAAAUGAUAAAAUUAAGUUGAAAGAUACAUUUGGUGAAUAUGAUUCUGGUUAUCCAGUUUUUAUUUCAGGUAGAAAUAUUGAUAUAGCAUAUCAUCCAGAUUUGACACAAGUUAAUAAUUAUAUUAAUUGUUGUAUUAAAAAAUAUAAAGAACAAAAUAUUAUAAAAAUCAAAGAAGAAAAAAUAAACAAAUAUUUAAUGCUUACAAUAAUUAAAAAAGCAAGAUCAUCUGUUCCAAUUUCAAUUCUACAAAAACUAAUUUUAAUUUCUCAACCAUUUGUUCCAAUUUUAAUUCCACCAAAUAUUAUACCAGAAGAUGAUAUAAAUGAUAAAAAUAUAUUUAAUAGUAUAAAAGAAGAAAUAACAGAUUCAAUUAAAACAAAUGAUGAUAUAAAAGAUCUUAUAGAUAAUUCAAUUUUAAAACAAGAUGAUAAAAAUAAAUUACAUAAUCUUAGAAAACAGAAGUUAUAUGAAAAAAUAUUUAAUGAAAUUGAAAAAGAAGAAAAAAUUUUUGAUUUAAUUGAAAAUAAUAAAUUUGAUAAGUUGAUACAAGAUUCAGAUUUAAUAAACCAACAAAAAAAAAUUUUACAGAACAAUCGAAAUAGACGAUUAAAUUUAUUACAAGUAAAUCCUUUUGAAUAUUACAAAAAAGCUAUUCAACAAACUAUUACAAUAUCUAUUUUACAAGGAUUACAUAAUGAGAUAUCAGAAUCAAACAUAUCAGCUAAUAACAAAUUGAUAUUAUAUGGUUUAAUAAAAGAAAAAAUUGAUAAUUUUAGACAAGAAGAAGAAUUUAAAAAUAUUAAAAAAAAGAUUAAAAAAGAAAAUUCGAUUAUCAAUUUAGAAAAAGAAAUAGAAAUAUCAAAAGAUUUAGAACAAUUAAAUGAUGGUAGAUAUUUUGAUAAAAGAAUUGGUAAAAUUAGAGAAGAAUAUUUGGAUUCUAAUAAUUCAAAAGAAAAAUUACAUAUUUUACAAAGAUCAAGAAUUGAUCAAUUAUUAGGAAGUGAAGAAGAUCAAAGAUAUGAUCUUAUAAGAGAUAUUAUUAAUAAUACAGAAAAUAUCGAAGAAAUAUUAGAUUCAUUAGAAAUAUUUACAGAUAUUAAAAUAUUAAAUCAAACUUUAUUAACAAGAAAUCAUAGAAUUAAAGAAUUAAAAGAAAAAGAAAAUACACCAAAACAUCCUUUAGAAGAUAAUGAUAUACCAGCAAGAAAUUUAGAUAAAGCAGAACAAAUUCGAGAUAAUUCAGGAUCUUUUGAUAAACAAAUUAAUUUUAUUAUUACUUAA